AUGGCUUCAACAGCAGGAAAGACAAUCACCUGCAAGGCGGCCAUCGCGUGGGGUCCCGGCCAGGAGCUCAGCUACGAGGACGUCGAGGUAGCACCGCCCAAGGCCCACGAGGUGCGCAUCCAGAUCUAUUACACCGGUGUCUGCCACACAGAUGCCUACACACUGUCCGGCAAGGAUCCCGAGGGUGCCUUCCCCGUCAUCCUGGGACACGAAGGCGCGGGCAUCGUGGAGUCGGUCGGCGAGGGCGUGACCAACGUCAAGCCGGGUGACCAUGUCGUGGCUCUUUACACCCCCGAAUGCAAGGAAUGCAAGUUCUGCAAGUCCGGCAAGACCAACCUGUGCGGCAAGAUCCGCGCGACACAGGGCAAGGGCGUGAUGCCGGACGGCACGAGCCGCUUCCGCGCGCGCGGCCAGGACAUCCUGCACUUCAUGGGCACGUCCACCUUCAGCCAGUACACGGUGGUGGCCGACAUCUCGGUCGUGGCGGUGCAGCAGGACGCGCCCAUGGACCGCACCUGCCUGCUGGGCUGCGGCAUCACCACGGGCUACGGCGCCGCGCGCAUCACGGCCAACGUCGAGAAGGGCGGCAGCGUGGCCGUGUUCGGCGCUGGCUGCGUCGGCCUGAGCGUCGUGCAGGGCGCGGUGGCGCAGGGCGCCGGCAAGAUCAUCGUCGUCGACGUCAACCCGGCCAAGGAGGAGUGGUCGCGCAAGUUUGGCGCCACCGACUUUGUCAACCCGACCAAGCUGCCCGAGGGCAAGACCGUGGUCGACCAGCUGAUCGAGAUGACGGACGGCGGGUGCGACUACACCUUCGACUGCACGGGCAACGUCGGCGUCAUGCGCGCCGCGCUGGAGGCCUGCCAUAAGGGCUGGGGCCAGAGCAUCAUCAUCGGCGUCGCGGCUGCCGGGCAGGAGAUCUCCACGAGACCAUUCCAACUGGUCACCGGCCGCGUCUGGAAGGGCAGCGCCUUCGGCGGCGUCAAGGGCCGCAGCCAGCUGCCCAGCCUUGUGCAGGACUACCUCGACGGCAGGCUCAAGGUGGACGAGUUCAUCACGCACCGCAAGACGCUAGCCCAGAUCAACGAGGCGUUCGACGUCAUGAAGCAGGGCGACUGCAUCCGGGCCGUGCUGACCAUGAAGGACGAGUGA